UUCACCUUUGUGUUUAAGGAAGUCCACCCAUUUAUCUGAUCGCACUUUGUUUCUUGGUAGCAUCACAGUUAAAACACUGCAGUAAUCCAGUGUCUACAGAAUUUUAAAUGGAGACAUUAUCCAGUGUUCUUGGCUUUGAGUGGAUAGAUGGAAGGAGCAUUUUAAUAUUUCUCUGUGUUUUCCUGCUGUUGUCUGAUAUUUGGAAGAACAGAGUGCCGAAAAACUUCCCACCUGGACCGUGGGCUCUCCCGUUUCUCGGUGACAUUCAUCGCAUCAGACCUGACAGAAUACACCUGCAGUUCAGAGAGUUUGCAGAGAAAUAUGGAAACAUUUUCACCAUCAGACUCUUUGGUGGAAGAACCGUGGUCAUUAAUAGCUACAAGUUUGUGAAAGAAGCCCUGGUCCAGCAAGGAGACGACUUCAUAGAUCGACCCACUGUACCACUGUUUGAAGAUUUAUUUGGGAAUGAAGGUCUUGUGGGUUCAAAUGGUUAUCCAUGGAAGCAGCAGAGGAGAUUUGCUCUUCAUACACUCAGAAACUUUGGUCUGGGCAGGAAGACUCUGGAGUUAUACAUCCAGCAGGAGUGCCAGUAUCUCGCAGAGGCUUUCACAGAACACCAAGGAAAGCCCUUUAAUGUCCAGCUACUGAUAAAUAAUGCUGUGUCGAAUAUCAUCUGCUGUUUGGUGUUUGGGAAUCGAUUUGAGUACACUGACCGGCAGUACCAGUCUAUUCUUCAUAAUUUCAAUGAAAUUUUGCGCUUACAGGGAAGCAUUUCGAUACAGAUGUACAACAUAAUUCCCUGGCUGAUGAAGCGGCUACCUGGACCUCAUAAGACAAUGUUCACUCUGACACAGGAGGUAAAGGACUUUAUAGAAAUCAGGAUCAAAGACCACAGAGAAACCCUUAACCCAGCGUCACCGAGAGACUAUAUUGAUGCCUUUCUUAUAGAAAUGGCAAAGAACGAGGACAAAGAUUCAAGUUUUUCUCUCAGUACCUUACAUGCUUGCACCAUGGACCUGUUUUUUGCUGGAACUGAAACUACUACCACUACUUUACGUUGGGGGUUGCUUUACAUGAUCUAUUACCCUGAUAUACAAGAGAGAGUUCAAGCUGAGAUCGAUGCUGUGGUUGGUUCGUCCAGACAGCCCUCUGUGAGUGACCGAGAAAACAUGCCCUAUACUGAUGCUGUCAUCCAUGAGAUUCAGAGAAUGGCCAACAUCAUUCCUCUCAAUGUGCUUCAUAUGACAAACAAGGAAACUACAGUGGAUAAAUACACAAUCCCAAAGGGUACCAUGAUCGUGGCUACCCUGGACUCAGUCCUACAUGAUGAGUCAAUGUGGGAAACUCCACACUCUUUCAACCCUCAACACUUUCUGGACAAGUAUGGUAAAUUUCGCAAGAGAGAUGCUUUCCUUCCAUUUUCUGCAGGCAAGCGUGUGUGUCUUGGAGAACAGCUGGCCAGGAUGGAGUUGUUUUUGUUUUUCACCUCCCUCCUUCAAAGGUUUUCUCUUUCGCCACCUGCUGGAGAGCAGCCCAGUCUGGAGUUCCAGUUGGGAGCCGCACGCUGUCCCAAACCUUACCGCCUCUGUGCUGUACCACGUUAAACCAUCAACUAUGACAAAACUGAAAAUCUCUGAUUCUCAGUUUGAUGAAUCACUGUUCUCCAUCACAUUUGUCAUAUAAAGCAUUGUCUACCUGCUAAAUUCUUCUCACCAUGGAGACCUUUAAAAGAAUCAUUCCAUCUACUGUAUUCAAAAAAUAAAAGUAUAAAGGUUUACAAUGUUAAAUUACAACUUUUUAAGAGAUCACAUUCCACUGCAUAUUCAUGAUAAUCGCUGUCAUAAGCAAAAAUUUACAAUGACUUCAGUAAGGUUGGAAAUUAAGAUAAAUACAGCAGGACAAGAAAAACAGUAUUCUGUUUUAACGUUUAAGAGUAGUACUGCAGUGAUAUUUACAUAGGAUUCAAACUUAAUUUACUAAGUUUAAUUUACACUUGAGUCAGUGUCUACAUUGAAAACAAAAGCCCACCAUAUCUUGGUGGAUUUGCUUGUAUGUUUAGGAUCAGUAACCUAUUUCAGUUCAACUAUCCUAAAGAUGAUUUCACAUAAUCUUUAAGUACUCUAUGAAACGAUGCUUAUUUGAUUCAGUGUUUUGAAGUUGAUCAGUGCUUGAGGCAGGAAUGCAACUCUAUAAUUUUCCACCACUGUACUUGAUGAUUACUCUUAGAUUUGUCUUUGUGUUGCACAAAACCACUCGCUGUGGUUAGUCACUUUUGUUGGCACUGACAGACCCUCAUGAAACAGUGACCUCCUGGUUAAUGAAGCUAACACUCAUCAAUGAUGUGUUUAAAGUAUUUUAAGAUUCUGGAAAUAUAUCAGAAUAAUAAAUAAUUUUUUCUGUUUGCUUUGAUGGUAUUUUGAAGGUGUUCUGCUAAACGUGGUAAUCCUCAUCUUGACUUUCCCAGUUUCUUUAAAAGAACAUAAGAAAUCAGUUGUUAUUCUACAGUAGGCUCUCUAUGAUAUAACCUAAUGGGCGGGUUGAUUACCAACAAUCUCAUGUCACUCUUAAACAAGAAGGGCCUUUUAAAUUCACAAACUAUUUUGAAAAGUAUAUUGGUUUAUGUUUAUUUGGAUAUCAGAGGAAUGCAGGCAAGCCAGGUGGUGACAGGGUGAUCUUAAUAACCAUAA